GUAAAAUCUUCUCGAAAUAGUUUAUAUAGGUAGCUUGGUUCCUGGUGUUUGGUAGCCAAAAAAAGUCCACUUGGAUUCUCUUUUGCAUGCUCUAGAUUUUAAAGACGUUCUCUCUCUCUCUCUCUCUCGUUAUUUUUAGUUGCGCAACCUAUCUCUAGACUUACACGGCAGUCCAGUACCUCACCAGGUUGCGCCGAGGACAAUGCCAUUCAUUCCCAACACCCCCGAGUCCCAUCUGGGUCGGUCUGAUUCUAAGAAUCCAGAGACAACUUGUCGAGGCAUUACUUCGGGAGGCCGGCCCUGCCGACGACCCUUAGAUGCCCCUCCGAAGGGAUCCCGUAUUAAGGGCAAGAAUGCGCGCGUGGACGACCUGCGCGAUCCCGAUCUCUACUGCUGGCAGCACAAGGACCAGGCGAACCUGUCCGCGCAGUCCAGCCCCGGCCCAAGGACAAAAAUCACCCCUAUUCUCGAAUCUCGCCCCAGCGUGGAUACCCUGAUCGGCCGACUGGGCAUAGUCGAAGCACAACAAGGGGGACAUUCGGCGGGCGGCAAUCGCCACGACGAGAAGUACUCACAGCCUCAGCAAUACUCGGAAACAAAAAAGAGGACGACUUUCUGCUGCUGCUUCACCCUGCCCGAUGUAGAAGAAGAGCUCCCGACCCGCCCGCAACCGACACCGAUACAGAGCGCGCCCCAGAGACCAGCUUCUUCAAAGUUACCAUCGAGCCAACAGCACCUGGCGCCCCCUUCAGCACAUUCGCGACCUGCCUCUUCAUCCUCUAAGCGCCCGUCCGAGAAAUCCACGACAUCCCAGACGUCGCAAUACUUAACAUUAAUCCCCCCGACGGCGUCCCCGCAGACGGCUUCGCAGCUGAUGGCGGAAUUGGCGAAGCCCAUCUCGCAGCAGGACGAGCCCGGAUACAUCUACAUAUUCUGGCUGACGCCCGAGUCGCAGCCGGCGGGCCCCCCCGCCGAAGCGGCUAGGUCGCUCCUGUCGCCACCCCGGCCCGACGCCCGGCAGAGGCGGCCCAGCGACGUCCUGCAGUCGUUCGCGGUCAAGAACAGCAAGACGAGUUCGUCGAGCAAGAAGACGAUCCUCCUGAAGAUCGGCCGGGCGACGAACGUCCAGCGGCGCCUCAACGAGUGGACGCGCCAGUGCGGCUACAACCUGUCGCUCAUCCGCUACUACCCCUACAUCCCGUCCAGCAACCCGACGACGCCGCGCAAGAUGCCGCACAGUCACAAGGUGGAACGGCUCGUGCACCUCGAGCUGAUCGGCGCCGGCCUGCGGGUGAGCGACAAGGCCGUCUGCGAAGCGUGCGGGAAGUCUCACCGAGAGUGGUUCGAGGUCGACGCCAACAGAGAGAGCGUCGUGAUGGUCGACGAGAUUGUCAAGCGGUGGUCGGACUGGGACGAAUCCAGGGCAUAGUGAAAUUCUCACAGUACCUCUUCCGAGACGGCGCAGCACGACGACGACGUCAUGAGGGACGUGGACAGGGGUUCUUUUUCAUUUUUCAUUUUUGAAUCUGGCAUGGCGUUUGGUAAUGAUCAGGUAAAUUCGGUCCGGCGGGCGGGCAUGGGUAACAUUUAUAUAAAAAAACAUGACACGCAGCCACUACGGCCCGG